AUGAAUGAGAUGGUUGAGAAAAAGACUAGGUGGUGGUUCGUUAGAGAUGGAAAAAGGAAAAGGACACCUAAGUCAUCCCCUGCAGUUGUUAUUCCGAAAGAUGGAGAAAAAGGGUCUUCUGGAGAGCCGCAGCAGAAGCUAGUGGAUGAGACAGUUUUAGAGCCAUCUGUGGUGAUUGAACAAGGUGCUGAGUUGUUAAAGCAAACUUUGGAAAGCUAUUUGAAAAAGAACAAAGAGAUUGCAGCACAACAAGCUCAAGGAACAAAUUCUGAAGCUACUCAAUCUGAGUCGGAACUAAUUCCUGAAACUCUUGGUAGAGGAAAAGCUCAAUUGAAGAAAAGACCUUCAAAGAAACAAAAGGGAUCUGAUGAAGAAGAUUCUCCGUAUGAUCCUGAAAAGUCAAAGAAGCAAAGAAAGAAACGAAAAGCAGCUUCAGUUGGUGUAAUUCCCAGAAAUGUCAGAUCAAAGAAAUCAGGAGCUGAGUCACAAAAGGAUAAAGAAGGAAAGAAAGUUCAACAUGUGCAGAAAGAAAAGCCUCCAAGUGUUGAUAUUCCAAAAGAUCCAGAGGUGAAAUCAAAAGAAGUCCCAGUUGUUGAAACAGAAAAGAAGAUAGGUGAUGAUGAUUAUGUCGAAAUCACAGGCUUCAAAGCUGCCAGUCCUAAACCUGUUCAACAAAAUAUUCCUAGUUCGUCGCAUCAGAAAGAAGAAGAUUUCAAUUUUGAUUUUGAAAAUAUUGGUCCUGCUACUGGUAUUUUCUCAGAAGAUCUUCCAGGAGAAAGCGAUAUGUUCAAUGAUAAAGCUGUCAAAGAGCUAAUUCGAAGAGUUAACAAGUUGGAGAAAGAAAAAGGCAAAGCUGAGGAGGAACGUGAUAUGCUAAGAAGUCAAAUUGAUGAUUUGAUGGAAGCUCACAAUAAAAUAGUUGCAGCAUUGGUUGAAAAGGAGAAAAGAAUGAACCAAAUGAAGGAUGAUGUCGAGGGUAACUCUAAAGUGUUUGAUUCGUUAACACAAGAGAUAUCUUCUUUGAAUGUCAAGAUAAAGGAUCUGGAGAAUGUGAACCAAACAUUAAAUCAGCUUCUCAAUGAGAUGAGUGAAGCUUCUUCUAAUGAAAUGAAGGCAAUGAAGUUAGAGAUGGAGGCUAUGAAAGCAGAUAAAGUAAUGAAAGAUCAACAACUUCAGAUGCUGGUUGCUGUAGUUGAAAGUCACUUAAAGUUGAACAUUCAUGUUGCUUUUGACGAAAUUGAUGUGAUAAGAGCAAAUGAAAGGAGAUUGGAACGUGAACGUCAAAUGGCUGAAGAAGCAAACCUAAAGAACAAAGGAGUAGUUGAAGAGGUUGAGAUAGUUGAUGCAUCUUCGAGUCAACCAGAUGUUGGAGGUUCUUCUUCGCAACCUGAUAUUGAAAUGAUUGAAGUGGUUGAGAAUCAAGAACAAGAAGUUGUUGAAGAUGAUCAAGUGAUGGUUGAAGCUGAAGAUGAAGAGCCUCAUGAACCAGAAUACUUGAUUGUUGGUGAGCCCAUUGAGCCUAUUAUUGUUGAAAAUGUUCUUCGAAGAGUUGAAAUUAUUCAAAGAAGAAGAAGAGCAAGGGAAGUACUAUUGCUGGAGUAUACAACUGACAAAUUUGUGUUAGUUGGUGAUGCUUACCCUGUGCCAUACAAUUCAAAAGAAGUGGCCAAGUUGUUAAAGUUUCUUGAUAGAAAAAGGAAGGGAAGAAUAGCUCGUGGUGAAAUUGUGGAUGAAGAAUCUGAUAUAGAAAUGUUUGGAGAUGAAGAAGAGGAGGAUGAAGAUAAGGAAGAUGAAGAAGAUGAAGAUAAAUCAGAUGAUAAAGAUGAUCACAAAUCUGAUAAAGAUGACAAAGACGAUGACGACAACGAUCAAGGUGCUUCGGGUUUAUUAAUCUGA